AAAGCCGCGACGCGUCCUCGCUGUCUCGCCCAACGACCAUCCACCCACGACCACCAUGCUCGCUAGAAUCACCGCCCGCUCUGCCCGCCUCGCCGUCCCCCGUGUCUCCCCCGUCGCCGCGCGCGGGUACGCAGAGAACUCGUUCAACAAGAAGGAGAAGGCUCAUGAGGACCAGUAUGCUCGCCAGCAUGAGGCGGAGCAGCUGAAGAAGCUCAAGGCCGAGCUUGAGAAGAAGAAAGAAGAGCUGGCCCAACUCGAGAAGCAGCACGAGGAGCUCUCGGCGAAGAAGUCAUAAAUCCACGGAGUAUGAUCGUGCACACAGCGCGAUACCUCUGAUUGUGGUCUCCUGUGAAGGACAGAUGAUUUGGCGCACUGAUUCGUAUCACAUUGUAAUGCAUAUAGCCCUACGCAUGACAAGAAAUGGAAUGAGCUGCUGUUGUUCCUGA